AUGCACCUCUUGACGCUGAAUAUGACUGAGCUUGUACUGGGCCUACUGCGGGGCAAACUGGGGCGAUCUGAUACUGAUUCUGUGGACGACUGGGAUUGGGCGUGCUUGUCGGGCGAUGCUGUGUGGCAGGCGCAUGGGAAACUGGUUGCCGAGGCCUCUCUCUAUCUCCCUGGCUCUUUUGAUCGCCCGCCUCGUAACCCUGCGGAGAAGAUCUCUAGUGGCUACAAGGCAUGGGAAUAUAUGUACUAUUUCUAUGGGCUUCUACCGGGCUUGCUAUGGGCGAUCCAGAAACCAAAGCACCAUUAUCAUUUUUGCAAGCUCAUCGCUGGUGCUCGCGUUGCCCUCCUGCUCGAAACCCCGGUCAACCUAAGGCCACUUGCACACAAGUUGUUGGUCGAAUACGUAGAAGAAUUCGAAGAGAAUUUUUAUGCGCGUCGUGUCGAUCGUCUCCACUUCUGUCGCCAGGCCUUGCACGCGCUCGUACACCUCAUGCCCGAAAAUGUCCGUGUGGGACCGGCCUGGCUACACUCGCAGUGGCCUCUCGAAAAUGCUAUUGGGAAUCUGACGAGGGAGAUAGGCUCCCAUGUCAAACCGUACGAAAACUUGUCACUCCGCGGAUUGCGGCGCGCUCAGAUCAGCGCUCUCGUAGCCAUGUUCCCGGACGCGUUGGAGGAACCCAUCCGACUGCCCGCCGGGGCUGUCGAGCUUGGAGAUCGAUAUGUUCUCCUCCAUCCCACUGCUCGCACUCCCCAUCUUGUCUCUGACGUCGACGGCGUCGCGCUGCAUUCCUUUUUUACCCAGCGCGCCAUUCAGGCUCCCGAGGGCUGGCGACCUCGUGUCGCCAAGUGGGGACGGUUGCGUCUCCCGAACGGCCAGGUUGCCCGCACCGCUUGGAAGGAGAUGAAGGGCGAGAGGCGAGGUCGGCCAGUGCAUCGCUCACGUAUGGUCAAGGUGCGCCAUCUUGCAGACGAUCGUUUCGCGGAGGUUCAGUACUUUUUCCGACUGAAGAGGAUGCACGAGGAUGGGGGCACGGACGAUGUUGAUUUCACCUUGGCCAUGGUGUCCGUUUUCAUCUCACCUGAUCCAGCGAUUUUGCGCGAGACGCAUGGCGUCCUCAUGGCCUGUCGCUAUCGAGGAGAGCAGUCUCGCGAAGUCGUGGAUGUCAAACAAAUCAAGUCGGUGGUGGCCAUGGUGCCUCUCACGCCCCGACGCGAGGAGGCUGAGGAUCCCCAUGCUGCUGAAUUGUACUCAAAUCGCUUUUUUGUUAUGGACAGGCUAGGAUUCGACAUGACAUGGAUUGGACGCGAGGAGAGUCUCGCAGACGACGAGGAUUCAGACGACGAUACCUGA